GCCCCGCGCGCGCCGGGAGCGGAACCGCGGCCCCGUGAGCGGGAGAGUCCGGGACCGGCGGGCUGGAGCGUGGACAUGAGGAGCUGGAUUCGAAUGUGUCCUGCGUUUGCUGCGUUACAGUAGUUCCUGCUUCAGUUAGAUCAGAACCUUCCCUGCUAAUUCAUCAUGACAUAACCAACCAGCCACCUCCCACUGCAUAGUUGGAUAAGCUUCUUGUUUCGCAUUGUUCCAAGCACAUGUGACUCAAGGCCUUCAUCAUCCACCUAGUCUGGUACAGCGCCCUGGGAUGCCAUCAGGUGCUCGAAUGCCCCAUCAGGGGGCUCCAAUGGGUCCCCCAGGCUCACCAUAUGUUGGAAGCCCCUCAGUGCGCCCUGGAAUGCCCCAAGCAGUGAUGGAACCAACACGAAAACGCACAGCACCUCAGCAGGUACAGCAACAGCAGGUGCAACAGCAGGUGCAACAGCAGCAGCAAGCAACUCAGACCCGAACCCGGAGUGCCAAGAGGAGGAAGAUGGCUGACAAAAUUCUCCCUCAGAGGAUCCGGGAGUUGGUUCCUGAGUCCCAGGCCUACAUGGACCUGUUAGCCUUUGAACGCAAACUGGACCAGACCAUUAUGAGGAAGCGGGUGGACAUUCAGGAAGCCCUGAAGAGACCGAUGAAGCAAAAACGGAAACUGAGGCUGUACAUCUCCAACACCUUUAACCCUGCAAAAUCUGAUGCUGAUGACUCUGAUGGCAGCAUUGCAUCCUGGGAGCUGCGAGUGGAAGGGAAGCUCCUGGAUGAUCUCAGCAAACAGAAGCGGAAAUUUUCCUCCUUCUUUAAAAGUUUGGUCAUUGAGCUGGACAAAGAUCUUUAUGGACCUGACAAUCAUUUGGUGGAGUGGCAUAGAACUCCCACUACCCAGGAGACUGAUGGCUUCCAGGUGAAGAGGCCUGGUGAUGUGAGUGUGCGGUGCACACUUCUCCUCAUGUUGGAUUACCAGCCUCCACAGUUUAAACUGGACCCACGACUGGCCCGUUUGUUGGGAAUACAUACACAGACCCGAUCAGCAAUUAUCCAGGCCCUCUGGCAGUACAUCAAAACAAACAAACUGCAAGACUCCCAUGAUAAGGAAUAUAUCAACUGUGACAAAUACUUCCAGCAGAUCUUCGAUUGUCCACGGCUAAAAUUUUCCGAAAUUCCUCAGAGACUCACUAAUCUGCUGCUGCCUCCAGACCCCAUAGUUAUAAACCACAUCAUCAGCGUUGACCCCAAUGACCAGAAAAAGACAGCGUGUUAUGACAUUGACGUGGAAGUUGAAGAUCCCUUAAAAGGACAAAUGAGUAGCUUUCUCCUCUCAACAGCCAACCAGCAGGAGAUCACAGCACUGGACAACAAGGUAGGGGGACAACAAUAAGGUGGGGAGGGAUAG